AGAAGCGCCUCAGCUCUGAUUGGCUGGAGCUGUGUGCUAUCUCAGCCAAUCACAAGCCGGACUGUGCUCCUACACUAUCCGAAGAGCGAAUCGUGCAGAGACCGUGUCUACGAUUGGCCUCUCCCUGACAAGGAUUUAAUUUUGAAUUUUUCUUUAUGGCGUGGGAGAGGCCACAGCCCGGACUCCAUCGACUCCCCCGGCUCUUAGACUAAAAUCAUGCCCAAGUUCAAACAACGAAGACGAAAGCUAAAAGCCAAAGCCAAAAGAUUAUUCAAAAAAAAAGAAGCCUCUCACUUUCAGUCCAAGCUAAUUACACCUCCUCCUCCACCACCCUCACCAGAAAGAGUUGGUAUUUCUUCAAUAGAUAUAUCUCAAAGCAGAAGCUGGCUAACAUCAUCCUGGAACUUCAAUUUUCCUAACAUCAGAGAUGCAAUAAAACUUUGGACAAAUAGAGUAUGGUCUAUAUACAGCUGGUGCCAGAACUGCAUAACCCAGAGUUUAGAAGUAUUGAAAGACACCAUCUUUCCAUCUCGUAUCUGCCACCGAGAACUUUACAGUGUAAAACAACAGUUUUGCAUUUUGGAAAGUAAAUUAUGCAAGCUCCAGGAAGCACUGAAGACUAUCUCAGAAAGUUCUUCCUGUCCAAGCUGUGGUCAAACAUGUCACAUGAGUGGUAAACUUACAAAUGUGCCUGCCUGCGUUCUGAUCACCCCUGGAGACUCCAAAGCUGUGCUUCCUCCCACACUGCCACAGCCAGCCAGCCAUCUUCCUCCUCCUCCUCCACCUCCCCCUCUGCCACCUCCUCCACCACCACUAGCACCUGUGUUGCUCAGAAAACCCAGUCUCGCUAAAGCACUUCAGGCUGGACCAUUAAAAAAAGAUGGACCCAUGCAGAUAACAGUUAAAGAUCUGCUGACUGUAAAAUUAAAGAAGACACAGAGUUUAGAUGAAAGGAGGAAGCUUAUACCAUCGCCGAAAGCACGGAAUCCACUAGUUACUGUCUCUGACUUGCAGCAUGUUACCCUGAAACCUAACUCCAAAGUGUUAUCGACUCGAGUUACAAACGUCUUAAUCACUCCUGGAAAAAGUCAGAUGGAUCUGCGGAAACUGCUUAGAAAAGUCGAUGUAGAGAGGAGCCCAGGUGGAACCCCUCUUAUCAAUAAAGAAAAUAUGGAAACAGGAACAGGACUGACUCCAGUGAUGACGCAGGCCUUAAGGAGAAAGUUUCAGCUGGCUCACCCUAGAAGCCCAACUCCAACUCUGCCACUUUCUACAAGCAGCUUUGAUGAACAAAACUGAUGCCAACUCUGCCUCACUCCAUGAGAUGAUCCAUAACAAAUACAGAUAAAAACACCCAGCUGGGUGCAGUGGCUCACACCUGUAAUCCCAGCACUUUGGGAGGCUGAGGCAGGUGGAUCACCUGAGGUCAGGAGUUUGAGACCAGCCUGGCCAACAUGGUGAAACUCCUUCUCCACUAAAAAUACAGAAAUUAGCUGGGCAUAGUGGUGGGUGCCUGUAAUCCCAGCUAUGCGGGAGGCUAAGGCAGGAGAAUUGCUUGAACCCAAGAGGCAGAGGUUGCAGUGAGCCAAGAUCGCGUCAUUGCACUCCAGCCUGAGCAACAAGAGCGAAACAAAAACAAACAAACAAACAAACAAAACCCACCCAAAUCCUUUUUUUUAAUGUAGUAGGGUUUAUAUAGAUAUACUAAUAUAAUUGCAUUUGGAGAAUUAGAGUAAGUAUGGAGCCCACACAUACUGUGAUAUAAAGUGUAUAUACAGAUAUUUGGAUAUUUUCUAGUUUGCAUGAUGAUUAAGAGAACCAGAUGGGAAAAUACAAUCUCCAAAGUGAUGUUUAUCCUGGAAUUACCCAAUUUAGAUUAGAGAGGUUGUUCAAAUUUAACUAGAUAACUCUAGUUUGUACUGUAUAGGUGCAGUUAUGACAGUAAAAAAAUAGCCUCUUGGCUCAUCCCUGUAAUCCCAGCACUUUGGGAGGCCAAGGUGGGAGGAUUGCUUGAGCCCAGGAAUUCAAGACUAGCCUGGGCAACAUAAUACAGGGAGACCCCGUCUCUAUUAAAAAUACAAAAAUCAGCCAGCUGUGGUGACACAUGCCUAUAGUCCCAGCUACUUAGGAAGCUGAGAAGGGAGGAUCACUUGAGGCUGUAGUGCACUAUAAUUAUGCCUGUGAAUAGCCACUCUACUCCAGCCUGGGCAACAUAGCAAGACCCCAUCUCUAAAAAUUAAAAAAAAAAUUUAAAUUAGAAUCUCAUUUCUAGCAUCUUAGGUAGGUACUUAUAUCUGGCUUACAGAAGUCUAAGGUAUUCCUUAUUUUUAUAUCUGCUGUCCACAUUUAUACAGCUACAUAAAAAUUUUAUGACAACUUCAACAUGAACCUUAUAUUUUCGACAAUGCCUUGCCAAGGAAUCUCUGAAGUCCAUAGCAGGUCACUGUGAGACCUAGUUCCCUGUUGUCACUGACCUAUGUAAUCAAAGACAGUAAUACAGCCUGGGAAACAUAGCGAGACCCUGUCUCUAUCAAAAAUUUAAAAUUAUCCAGGCAUGGUGACGCACACCUGUAGUCUAAGUGUCCAAGUUACUUGUGAAGCUGAGGUGGGAGGAUCACUUGAGCCCAAGAGUUUGAAGCUAUGGUGAGCUAUGAUUGUUCCACUAUACUCCAGCAUUGGCAACAGAGCAAGAACUCAUCUCUAAAAAGUAAAAAGCAACUCCCCAGAAAGACUGUAUUUCUACAGAUAAAUAUUGCAUUGAGAUGCCAAAUAGAGUGUUGUUGUAAAGUCACCAGACUAGAAAGCAGACCUGGGGACAGUGUUUACCACCUAAGAGGCAGUCCUGUUUUUGAGACCCACAUCUAUAUAUAGAGAUUUUUGUUUGUUUGUUUGUUUGUUUGUUUUGUUUUGAGAUGAAGUCUCACUCUGUCACCCAGGCUGGAGUGCAGUGGCGCAAUCUUGGCUCACUGCAACCUCCACCUCCCAGGUUCAAGCAAUUCUCCUGCCUCAGCCUCCCGAGUAGCUGGGAUUACAGGUGCACACUGCCACACCUGACGAAUUUUUGUAUUUCUAGUAAAGAUGGGGUUUCACUAUGUUGGCCAGGCUGGUCUUGAACUCCUCACCUCAGGUGAUCCACCCAUCUCAGCCUCCCAAAGUGCUGAGAUUACAGGCGUGAGCCACCACGCCCGGCCAGAGAUCCCCAUCUAUAUUUAUAACACAUUUAUGGAUGAAAAUUAAACAGGUGUCCGGGUGCGGUUGCUCAUGCCUGUAAUCCGAGCACUUGUGGAGGCCGAGGCAGGCGGAUUACUUGAGGUCAGGACUUCGAAACCAGCCUGGCCAACAUGGUGAAAUCCCAUCUCUACUAAAAAUACAAAAUUAGCCAGGUGUGGUGUCACGCACCUGUAGUCCCAGUUACUUGAACCUGGGAGGCAGAGGUUGCAGUGAGCCGAGAUUGCAACACUGCCACUCCAGCCUGGGUGACAGAGCAAGAGACCCUGUCUCAAAAAAAAAAAAAAAAAAAUUAAAUGGGUAGUGACGUUAAGAGAUAUAUAUCAGCUUCUAGUAAAAGUUUUUUUUAAAACCUGCUAGCUACAUUUACAUUAUGUAAAAAUAAAGGGAAUAAUCACUGAGAAUAAAGCAGUUGAGUAUUUAUAACAAUAAUAUUUUAUGGGGCGCUUAUAAUGUUUAUAAUAUUGUAAACCACUGUGUACUCUAUUCAUUUAAUGCCAAAUGACUUGACCAUUCUUGUGGGAUAAGAGAUCAUUAAAAAAAUGCUAGGGCCGGGCACCAUGGCUCACGCCUGUAAUCCCAGAACUUUAGGAGGCCAAGGCAGGUGGAUGACUUGAGCUCAGGAGUUUGAGACCAGCCUGGGCAACAUGAUGAAAACUCCGUCUCUACCAAAAAUCAAAAGAAUUAGCCAGGUGUGAUGUUGUGCGCCUGUAGUCCCAGCUACUUGUGAGGCUGAGGUGGGAGGAUGGUUUGGGCCCCGGAGGUAGAGGUUGCAGUGAGCUGAGAUUGUGCCACUGUAUUCCAUCCUGGGCAACAGAGCCAGACCCUGCCUCAAAAAAAAAAAAAAAAAAAGGCCUGGCACAGUGGCUCACGCCUGUAAUCCCAGCACUUUGGGAGGCUGAGGCAGGCAAAUCACUUGAGGUCAGACGUUUGAGACCAGCCUGGCCAACAUGGUGAAACCCCGUCUCUACCAAAAAUAAAAAUAAAAAUUAUCCAGGCGUGGUGGCAUGUGCCUAUAGCCCCAGCUACUCAGGAAGCUAAAGCACGAGAAUUAUGUGCAUCCUGGAGGUGAAGGUUGCAGUGAGCCAAGAUCACACCACUCCACUCCAGUCUGGACAACAGAGUGAGAGCCUGUGUCAAAAAAAAAAAAAAGAAGAAAAGAAAAAUGCUUUAUGGCCCAGUGCAGUGGCUCACACCUAUAAUCCUAGCACUUUGGGAGGCUAAGGCAGGAGGAUUGCUUGAGGCCAAGAGUUCAAAACAAGCCUGGGCAACACUGCAAGACCCCAACUCUACAAAAAACGAAAAAUUAGCCGGGAGCGGUGAUGUGUGCCUGUAGUCCCAGCUACUCAGGAGACUGAGGUGGGAGAAUCACUUGAGCCUGGGAGGUUGAGGCUGCAGUGAGCUGUGUUUAUACCACUGCACUCCAGCCUGCUGGGUAACAGAGCAAGACUCCAUCUCAAAAAGAAAAGAAAAAAUGCUUUGCUACAUAAUGAGGCCAGGCAAAAAAAAAAAGUCCUGUGGAAAUCAUAUAGACAAACAUUUGCAAAGCUGCUACUGCCAUUGUACCAGUGUUAAAAUGUGUUCUACCUUGCAUCUUUUACUGAUUUUUAUGACAGAUUUUAUAUUGUAACCAUUUGAGAACUCUGUAAGUGCUAUGGCUUCCUUAAACUAUGAUUUAUCAUAUGCUCCCGGUGUUUACUUUGAGACUGAAUGGCAACCAGAGAAUGUAAACAACCAAGGUGCAUCUGGUUAUGUUUUAAAAUAAAGAUUAAUAAAAGUUUUGGUUUUUCUCUUUCUAACCUUUUUUUUAAACUAGAAAUAUAAUACCUAUAGAAAAGUAAAUGUUGGCCGGGUGCGGUGGCUCAUGCCUAUAAUCCCAGCACUUUGGGAGGCCGAGGCAGGCAGAUCACCUGAGGUCAAGAGUUCGAGACCAGUCUGGCCAACAUGGUGAAACCCUGUCUCUACUAAAAAUAUAAAAAUUAGCCGGGCGUAGUGGCAGACACCUGUAAUCCCAGCUACUGGGAAGGCUGAGCCAGAAUGGCUUGAACCUGGGAGGCAGAGGUUGCAGUGAGCCGAGAUCGCCCCAUUGCACUCCAGCUUGAGCAACAAGAGUGAAACUGUCUCAAAAAAAAAAAAAAAAAGUAUAUGUUAAGUAUAGAAAAAUAUAUAAAUUAAAAAAUUAUAGGCUUGGGGGCCAGGCACAGUGGCUCACACCUGUAAUCCCAGCACUUUGGGAGGCCGAGGUGGGUGUAUCACUUGAGGUCAGGAGUUUGAGACCAGCCUGGCCAACAUGGUGAAACCCCGUCUCUACCAAAAAAAAUAUAUAAAAAUUAUCUGGGUGUGGUGGCAUGUGCCUAUAGUCCCAGCUUCUCAGAAGACUGAGGCGCGAGAAUCACUUGAACGAUGGAAGUGGAGGUUGCAGUUUGCUGAGAUCACACCACUGCACUACAGUCUGGGCAACAGAGUGAGACCUUGUCUCAAAAAAAAAAAGAAAGAAAAAGAAAAAUGCUUUAUGGCCCAGUGCAGUGGCUCACACCUAUAAUCCUAGCACUUUGGGAGGCUAAGGCAGGAGGUUCGCUUGAGGCCAAGAGUUCAAAACAAGCCUGGGCAACACUGCAAGACCCCAACUCUACAAAAAAACGAAAAAUUAGCCGGGAGCGGUGAUGUGUGCCUGUAGUCCCAGCUACUCAGGAGACUGAGGUGGGAGAAUCACUUGAGCCUGGGAGGUUGAGGCUGCAGUGAGCUGUGUUUAUACCACUGCACUCCAGCCUGCUGGGUAACAGAGCAAGACUCCAUCUCAAAAAGAAAAGAAAAAAUGCUUUGCUACAUAAUGAGGCCAGGCAAAAAAAAAGAGUCCUGUGGAAAUCAUAUAGACAAACAUUUGCAAAGCUGCUACUGCCAUUGUACCAGUGUUAAAAUGUGUUCUACCUUGCAUCUUUUACUGAUUUUUAUGACAGAUUUUAUAUUGUAACCAUUUGAGAACUCUGUAAGUGCUAUGGCUUCCUUAAACUACGAUUUAUCAUAUGCUCCCGGUGUUUACUUUGAGACUGAAUGGCAACCAGAGAAUGUAAACAACCAAGGUGCAUCUGGUUAUGUUUUAAAAUAAAGAUUAAUAAAAGUU